AGCAGUCGACUGUCGAAGCGCACUCGCUAUCAACGUCCCCACGAAAAUUCCGAGGAGAUUAAUUCCAAUAAAAUAAAUCCCCGAUCGUUGAUCGAUUCCUUCGAUCACCUGUCAGUCCCUACAAUUGUUAUCACCUACCACUCUUCUGGAUUUUUUGCCAUUUUCUACUGUUUUCAAACGUUCGUGAUGACAGUUUUGCUGUAAUUAUUGGAAAUUCCAUCGGGGGUUUUUACCUCAGUGAAGUGAAGUGUUUAUGACAUUUUGAUUGUUGAUAAUCAUGAUGGAGGUGCAGCAACAGCACUCGCCGGUCGGCGUCGGACCCCUCGAUUUUUCACGUCGUGGAGUCGCCGAGGCAUCGGCAUUUCGCGUUGUCAAGCCAAAACAAUCGACAAUUGCACAUCAGGAGACCAAUAAUAAUGAGGGACAGGAGCACACCAUCUCCGAGAGUGAUAAUUGCAAUGUGAGACUGAUGUUCCCAAGGCUGUGGGCGCCUUUUGGAGGUAAUGGAGAUGCCCUACCUUCUCUGGGAAAAAAUAGUACAGAACGAUUAUCAUUCGGUGUGGGACGAUUAGUGGGCUCUCCAUCGACAAGAAGUCCCUCGCCCUCACCCUCUCUCGGUCCCUCCUCCCCAGCGACAGGUCAGAGGGAUCAGGAGAUUGACGUUGACGGGGAGGAAGACGAGGAAGAGGAUGAAGAGGUGGACGUUGAUGUUGAGGAGGUCGGAGAUGAGGAGUACCGGGAUAACAAUACCUCCCCAAGGUCCAGUCACUCAACUCCAUCGCCGUCGCUGACCCAGACGCCGUCGCUCAUGACACGUCCGCUGAGAAAAUCGGGUGACAGCUUUAGUGUGUCAGCGUUACUCAGGCCAGAUCCGCCAUCAAACCGAAAUUCUUCACCAGUUUCGCCUGAUCACACACCAGUUGCCCAUCAACCAACACCUGGCAUCAGCCUCUAUCCACAUCUUCACCUGCAGGGAGGACUCCUACCCCCACAUCCACAUCCACAUCCACUGUCCUAUCUCCAUCCUCAGUUGCUUCCUCACCAUUUAUUACCACCCCAUCUCCAUCCUCUUCUCAGAGGUGUUCAUCCAGCACAUCCUGGACUCCAUUCACCACAUACUCAUGGCCUCCAUCAUCCACAUCCUCUCGGGGACGUCUACAGCUGCGUCAAGUGCGACAAAAUGUUCAGCACACCACAUGGGCUUGAGGUGCACGCACGGAGAUCGCACAAUGGAAAACGUCCAUUUGCCUGUGAACUAUGCAAUAAAACAUUUGGCCAUGAGAUAAGUCUCACUCAGCAUCGGGCAGUGCAUUCUGCUGAAAAAGUCUUCGAGUGCAAACAGUGUGGCAAAGCUUUCAAACGCUCCAGUACUCUCAGCACUCAUCUCCUCAUUCACUCAGACACACGACCCUAUCCCUGUCAAUUCUGCGGCAAACGUUUUCAUCAGAAGAGCGACAUGAAGAAACACACAUACAUCCACACCGGUGAAAAGCCCCACAAAUGUCAAGUCUGCGGAAAAGCCUUCUCCCAGAGCAGUAAUUUGAUAACACAUUCGAGAAAGCACACAGGUUUUAAACCAUUCGCUUGCGAUCUCUGUGGGCGUGCAUUCCAGAGGAAAGUUGAUCUGAGAAGACACCGUGAGACCCAGCACGCAGAACUCGGUGCUGCACCACCAGUAAAUCCACCACAUCGUACCUCAAUCGGCGCAAUUGCACCGAGCAAUCUCGUAACAGCGAACACCACGAUUUUACAAUAAAUCCUCAAAACAUACUAUUACUUGGAAAUUUUACAAUAAAAUGAAUUUUUUGUUAGGGGUAAUCUGCUCCACAAUUUCCUACAAUUACUAACCACCGACGAGAUCUUCCGAUUGACGAAUUGAAAUUCUCAAUUGGUCCUACCUGUACAUUUAUUUCUGAUAAUUUCCACGUGAACGAUAAAAUCUUUAAUCCAAGAUAUCCCCUCCUCAAAGAAAAUCAGAUAACCACUAUUUGUAAAUUAACGAUAACCCGCUUUUUUCGGUAACCAAAGAUUAGUUGUAUAUGUAAAUUCUUAUUUUCCGUUUCAAGUUGAGAAUCGUGCUGUAAUAUAUCUGCGCAAUUAAUCGAUAAUUAAAUGAAUUAAGGAAGAUUAAUCGUAGGAUAAGUGACUCGAAAAUGAAAUCCUGAGGAUAAUUAAAAUCGACAAUUGUUGUAAAUAGCAAGUCUGAAAAUUCAUUGCAGAGAAUAAAAUCUAGCGGCAUCUGUGUAUAAUUUAAGAAUCAAUAAUAAUUAUUAUUGAAUGAGAAUAUAUAAAUAUGAAUAUGUUGUCAGCGAGAGUAACAAGAGCGACGCUGAAUUCCAGAAAAUGGUCUCUACGAGUCGUGAACCAAAGUCUUCUCAAUUCUAAUUGUUUUAUUUGAUUAUUAUGUAAUUAAUGUAAUUAGCCCCCUCCUCCCACCCCUCUCCCAUCCCGCACCUACGCUAUUAACAUUAUUGUCAUUAUUAUUAACA